AUGACAGUAGAAAAACCUAACAUAAAAAAUAAUAACGAAUUGCAUAAAGCAGUAUCAGCUGGUUCUUUAUCUUUGUGCUCAGUAGGUUCUGACGCCGUUGAUUUGUUACCAGACGUAGGUUUCAACAUCGUGGGCUCCAGUAACGAAGGCACAAUUGAUUCAACAGGCACUAAUCGGGAGAAUGAACCUUUACUCUCCCGUGAUGAUAUACAACCUCUCAAUCACAUUUCAGUUUUUUCAAGAGGAAUAUUUACUCUACCUGUUGUAACUAUUGUUGAUGGCUCCCUGCUAAAUGAAAUUAAUAUUAAAAACCCCAUAUAUUCAGAUGAUCCUCAGUUUGCAAAACUUAUUCAAGAUACAGAAACUGCUAUAGAAAAUGGAAUUUUUCCAGAAAGAAUUUCUCAAGGUUCAAGCGGUAGUUAUUUUUGCAAAAAUCCAGAAGGGAGAAUAAUUGGGGUAUUCAAACCUAAAAAUGAAGAGCCUUAUGGUCACCUAAAUCCAAAAUGGACCAAAUGGAUGCAUAAAUUAUGUUGUCCAUGUUGCUUCGGUAGAUCUUGCCUUAUUCCAAAUCAAGGAUAUUUAUCUGAAGCAGGUGCUUAUUUGGUAGAUAGCAGGUUUCAACUAAAUGUGGUGCCAAAAACGAAAAUAGUCAAACUAGUCAGUGAAACGUUCCAUUAUUCACGUUUAGAUCGCCAAAAAAGUAAAACUAAAACUGCCAUUAGCAAUCAGUUUCCAAAAGUAGGAAGAAGAUUUCACAGGCUCGGUCUUAAACCAAAAGUUGGGUCUUUUCAAACGUUUGUCGAUGGGUAUAAGGAUGCCGAAUAUUGGUUGAAAAGAUUCGAAAGUGAACCCCCUCCCCCCGUUGUACAAACGGAAUUUCAAAUACAAUUCGAACGUCUCGUAGCAUUGGAUUACAUAAUUAGAAAUACGGAUAGAGGAAACGAUAAUUGGUUAAUUAAAUAUUGUUCGGGUGAUGGUAAACCUUCGAUAAAUGCAAACGGAAGUGAAAUGACGGAAGUGACCGAAUGGCCGGGAAACGAAUCCCCGAAAAUAAAAAUAGCUGCAAUUGACAACGGUUUAGCAUUUCCUUUUAAGCAUCCAGAUUCGUGGAGAGCUUAUCCUUAUUAUUGGGCAUGGUUACCCCAGGCUAAAAUCCCCUUCAGUUCCGAUAUUCGUCAACAUUUGUUACCCUUAGUGAGUGAUCAAAGUUUUAUAGAUGAUGUUGUGGACGAUUUGAAAGUUUUGUUCGAGAUGGAUAAAGGUUUCGAUAGUCAUUUGUUCGAGAGGCAAAUGAGCGUUAUGAGAGGACAAAUAUUAAAUUUAAAACAAGCUCUAAUGGAUGGUAAAAGUCCCGUACAAUUAGUUCAAAUGCAUUCUGUGACAUUAGAAAGGUAA